GCCACACAAAGGGGCGGGGGGUGGGGAGCCAGCUACUCAGCCAACCCCCCGCCGGAGGAAGGGACAGGGAUGGGGACAGGGAUGGGAGGCGGUGCGUGCAGCUCCAGUGGCUCUAGGGGCGCACGAGCGAGGCGCGCACAAGGCUAGAGGGACACAGACACGUGGGAUCUGCUCCUCUCACCACGGGAGGCAGCCCGCCGCCUGAGCACGGUAGUCCUUCCCCGGGACCGGCAGCCAGCUCCGGGUCCCGCAGGGCUGUUUCUGAAUCGCAGUCCUGCAAGAAGAAAAUCAUUUUGUUUUAAGUUGAACAUUUGUCUCUAGCAAAAGACAACAGCUAUGCCAGUGCUGUCGGAAGAUUCAGGAUUGCAUGAGACUUUGGCCCUGUUGACAUCUCAACUAAGACCUGAUUCAAAUCACAAAGAAGAAAUGGGAUUCCUUAGAGAUGUCUUCAGUGAAAAAAGUCUGAGUUAUCUAAUGAAGAUUCAUGAAAAGCUCCGCCAUUAUGAAAGACAGAGUCCAACCCCUGUUUUACAUAGUGCAGCAGCUUUAGCUGAGGAUGUAAUUGAAGAAUUGCAGACUAUGCCAGUGAAUAAUGAAGAAAAAGAGCUGCUUCAGCUAUUGUCAACACCACAUCUUAGGGCAAUGCUUGUAGUACAUGAUACUGUGGCCCAGAAGAACUUUGACCCGGUUCUUCCCCCUCUGCCAGACAAUAUUGAUGAUGAUUUUGAUGAAGAAUCAGUUAAAAUUGUUCGUCUAGUGAAGAAUAAAGAGCCUUUGGGUGCCACCAUCAGAAGGGAUGAGAAUACAGGGGCUGUGAUUGUAGCAAGAAUCAUGAGAGGUGGUGCAGCUGACCGCAGUGGUCUUGUCCAUGUUGGAGAUGAGCUAAAAGAAGUCAAUGGGAUUGCUGUACUUCACAAACGACCAGAAGAAAUUAGUCAGAUUUUGGCUCAGUCUCAGGGAUCAAUAACAUUAAAAAUAAUUCCAGCCAUCAGAGAAGAAGAUUGUCUGAAGGACAGCAAGGUAUUUAUGAGGGCGCUCUUCUGCUAUAAUCCAAAAGAGGACAAAGCCAUUCCCUGUCAGGAGGCAGGGUUGCCGUUUAAGAGGAGACACAUCUUAGAAGUUGUGAGCCAGGAUGAUCCAACAUGGUGGCAAGCAAAGCGUGUUGGUGAUACCAACCUCAGGGCAGGAUUGAUCCCUUCAAAACAGUUCCAAGAAAGGCGUUUGAAUUAUAGAAGAACUAUAGGCACUCUGCAAAACUCCAAAACUGUAAAGAAGCCAUUAUAUGAUCAGUCUUCUGAGAAAGAAGAUUGUGACUGUGAGGGAUAUUUCAAUGGACAAUAUAUAGCUGGUUUACGGAGGAGCUUCAGGUUAAGCCGAAAGGAGAAACACAACAACCAGAAUCAAGCAAAGCAAGCAGACAUAUCCGAGUUCCUAACAUAUGAAGAAGUCACUGAAUAUCAGCAUCAACUGGGAGAAAAGCAGAGAUUGGUAGUUUUGAUUGGUUCUUUGGGAGCCAGACUAAAUGAGCUCAAACAGAAAGUUGUGUCAGAGAAUCCACAGGAGUAUGGUGUUGCAGUUCCACAUACAACAAGGUCAAAGAAAAGUCAUGAAAAAGAGGGAGUGGAAUACAAUUUUGUCUCUAAGCAAUCAUUUGAGAUAGAUGUACAGCAUAACAAAUUUGUUGAACAUGGAGAAUACAAAGAGAAUCUGUAUGGAACAAGCCUCGAGGCAAUCCAAUCUGUUAUGGCCAAAAAUAAAGUUUGUUUGGUGGAUGUGGUACCCGAAGCAGUAAAGCACCUGAGAACACCAGAGUUUAAACCAUAUGUUAUAUUUGUGAAGCCUCUUGUUCCAGAAAAGAAAAAAAAUGCACCAUCUCCAACUUCAGAAGAAAUCUCAGCCCCACUUGAUGAAGAACAGCAGGACAUUAUUAAUUCAGCAGCAUUUAUCGAAGAGCAGUAUGGCCAUUUAAUUGACACUGUGCUGCUGAAAGAAGACCUCCAGAGUGCCUAUAAUCAGUUGAAAACUCUGCUAGAGAAGCUGAAGGAGGACUCAUUUUGGGUGCCAGUGAGUUGGGUUAGAUCAUAACCUG